GCGUUGCAGCAGCGAUCCCGGGCGGGUGGUUGGUGUGGCGGGCCGGGCGGGCACCGAGCGGCUGGCUGGCGGACGGCGGGCACUUGCACUCCUCGCCGCUGCAGCCUCUCUUGACGUGGUCGUCGUCGUCGUCGCCGCUGUCCCCGUCGCUCAGUGUGUGGACGUGUGUGCGUGUGUGUGAGUGAGUUUGUGUGUCUGGCCUCCCCGGCGUGCGUGGCCCGCACUACUGCCACGCAACCCAGCUUAUACGUAGUUGCGGGCGAGCGAGGCGUCGCAGCGGUUCUGCGGCGUGUGUGCGCGAGAGGCGGCGGCGGCCGGAGUGUGGAGUGUGAAGUGUGCUUCGUGUGACGCAAGGUGCAGCGCCGCCCCCACGGCGAGCGAGGGCCUCCGCACACGCCGCUGGCGCGAGCUCACGCGAGGCCAGUGUGUCACCGGAUCCGGAGCGGGACUUUGCUGCGAAUGACGCAGUGUGGCACUCGGUCGAGCCGCCGUCCGGGCUCGCCCUGUGCGGGGACGCCGCCGGGGACGGGAUACGGAUGAGGCGCCGUUCGGGGGCCGCGCCGAGGCAGUGUGGCACCGCGGCGGCCUCGUGCCACCAGUGAUUCAGUGUGGCUCUGUGCGGGGACCACGGAUGCCAGUGACGCAGUGUAGGCUCCGUGCAAGGACGCGGCAGUGCCAGUGUCGCAAUGUGGCACCGCGAAGAAAUGACGUAGCAGAAUAGCCCCGUGCUAUGGGGAACGCAGAUCCGCGCUUGGCAAUGGCGCCGGGCAGCGCCGUGGGUGAAGCAGGAGGAAGCCGAGGGCGUCGGGUCCACGUUAUGCAGUGACGGUGACGUGAGUGUGGCUCUGUGACUCCGGCCUGCUGGCCCUGUGCCGGCCGGGACUCGGGAUGCAAGUCCGUGAUGCAGGCACUGUGGCCACGGCUCACGUGCAUGCCACACGUGCACAGAGUAGUGGCCACGACCAGAAGGAGAGAAAUUGGCCCGGCAAAGUGUCCCGCCUCCACUGCGAGAGCGAGUCCUUCAAGAUGGACCUCAUCCUUGACAUCAACUCCAUGAUUUACCCCAUGGACUUCGGUGACAAGUUCCGCCUGGUGCUGGCCACGACGCUCCGGGAGGACGGGUACCCGACCGACGGACCCGACUACAACCCGCUGGAGACCGGACCGUCGCGAGCGGAUCCCUUCGACUACGUGAUGUACGGCAAGAUCUAUCGCAUCGAGGGAGAUGACGGCCUGGUCGAGACGUCCGGGAGAUUGUCGGCGUACGUGUCCUACGGUGGUCUGCUGAUGCGCCUUCAGGGUGAUGCCAACAACCUUCACGGCUUUGAGGUGGACAAACACAUCUAUCUGCUCAUGAAGAAGCUGGCUUAUUAAAUCACCUGGUGAUAUCAUGCUCAGGAAUACUCGUGUGUUUUCCUUUGGUAUAUUCUUUUUUUCUUAAGUCUUGAUUUUAUUUUGAAGUCUUUAAUUAUAGUGAUUUUUAAAUUUUAAAGGAAUUGUUAGUCAAAUGCUUUGCAUUUUUUUCUUUUUUCCUAAGACAUGGUUACUUAAAUUGUGUAAUGUAAAACAUAAGAUAUUGCCAAAAAAUAAUGUACAAGUUUUGUAAUAAAGUUUUUU